AUGGACAAUUUUUUCUCAUCUCAACGAGCAAAUGUUAAUGAAUUUUCUCAUCAUCAAUGGAAUAAUGUAUCGAAUAAUACUAAUAAUUUCAUUUUAAGUAGUAAUAGCGAAGAACAUGAAGAACAAUCUCCAGUUUGGCUACAACAACAUUUAAAUCAGCCACAACAAUUUUCUGCAUAUGAUCUUCUAGAUAAUAGUAAAAAACCGACUACGAUAAAAGAUGAUUCAUUUGGAUUAGUUAAACUGGAUAAUAAUAUAACGAAUAAUACCGAUGCCUUAACUCGAGCGAUGUAUAGUGAAGAUGCCGAUAUGAUAGAUGAAGAAACAGAUGUAAUGUUAAAAGAAUUGAGAACAUUUACUACAGCACAAUUGGUGAAUAAAAUUCGAGAUAUGAUGAAUAUGGCCUAUCAAUUAGGUGUAGAAGAAGCAAAAGAAAUGUCACGUGGAAAAUUAUUAAACAUAUUUGAUCAACAAACAUCUCAUACAAAUAUUCUAAAUUAA